AUGCUUCCUGCAUUUCAGAUAAAUAAUUUCAAGCCAUGGACCCCCCUUCCCGCGAAACCGUGUCCACCACACAGAACACUUAAUGCGUGCUCCCCACAAACUUCAUAUACCCCUAAUCCUGAGCCCUGUCAUGUUCUACUUCCAGGCACUUUGCCGCCUCCCAAACAUCACCUUCCGGCGCGACCACCGGCCGAAGUCUGCGUGCAAGUCAGUGCCAACACCCAGCCGGAGUCGGAGACAUUCGGGCGUAGAGCCGCGUCUCAACGGAGUUCUGUGCCCCAUGUUCCUGCUCCGGAUCUGAUCCGCCCCUGCUAUCCUCAGGACAAGACUAGAACCCCUACCGAGCCGCCUGGAUUCCAGGAAGAUGACGCAGCGCGUAAUGCCACGUCUCCGAGUACAUCUAGCUCGACCGAUAGUCUAGAGGACUUCUUCAGGGUACCAGACUCGCCCCAAGACAACAUCCCCAUUGAUCCGGUGAUUCUUGCCAAUCUCGGGCCUUGGGAGAGGGACGACCUCCAGCUACAUGCGCCCCCAGCAGACGGCAUCCCUAAUCCGGAGACAACCUGCCUGUAUCCUGAACCUCCAGCCAUUCUCAGCAGUGCAGCUAGCCGUUUUGAAGUGCCUGGCGAGAGGGAUGGUAGUGAUAAUGGCGGUAUUCAGGGAAGUCGUUAUGACUGCCAACGAAUGCACCCUCCCUCGCCCGGCGCCGGACCAGACCAGCCUUCCCCUGAUAGCCAUGGAACGCACCAGAUUAAGCGAAAAGCACGAACGUCAGACGGCGGAAUUCGCAAGUCGCCUCGAAUUCGCUCCACGUCAGUACCCAGGGAAGAUUCCUUCGCUGCCCUUCGGUCUCAGUUCACGUCUCUACCACUAAAUGACCGUUUGCAAUUUCUAUCCUGGCUAUUUGAAGGUGCACUAUCUCACUGCAUGUCUGACACCUCACAAACAGCAUGUGGAGAAUUGAAGGCACGGGAAAGCUGUCGCUCAAGGCCCCGGCCUGAGAUCAACCAAAGUCGGAGUGUUCGCAAGAGUGUCCGAAAGAACUCAAGAAAGGGUAUGCCAUGGUCCACGGAAGAGGUGGACCUCCUGGUAAGGCUGAGGAAGGACGAAGGUCGAUCAUGGUCAGACGUGACGAGGGUAUUCUCGAAGCAGUAUCCAGGGAGAAGUCAGGGCGCGAUACAGGUUUACUGGUGUACGACUCUCAGCAAGAAAGCGAGUUGA